AUGCAAGUCUAAUACGGGGCAGUACCAAAUCCUCAAGCAUUGGGAAAUGCAAUCGGAAAUGCUAUAGCAGGACAAUUGCAAUAAUAUGGGGCCUAGUUUUUCACUGCAGAUCCGUUUGCCGGGGUAAAUUAUAUGUUAAUCGAUUAAAAACCAGAUUGCAUUGAAUGUAUAUGUCCUUGCCUUGGGGAAAAGAAGAAUAGUUAUUAGAUUUCAGUGUCUGAAUAGACGGGACUCCUUGCUCAAUAGUAACUUGGGAUUAUAAAGGAGGAAUCCGAAUGUGCUUAAAGGUUCUUUUGUCAAUGUUGGAGAGCUUUGGAUCUAUUAUUUAUUAACAAUUAGAAUCAAAUCCUAUUCAAGGCACAAAGAAUUUACAAAGUUCCUUCAGUUUUAUGUUUGCCAUGUGAGAGACCAGAGAUGGUUGUGUCUCGUGACUCUGAAGUGAUAGGAUACCUCAAGUAACCGUUCAUGUGUUGCGGUCGAUCAGAAUGUCCAUUGCCAAUUCUCGAAGAAAUUGAUAUUUGUGAUCCUUCAGGCAACACAAGGUAUUUCAUUUCUGGAGAGUUUGUUCAAUGUGGUUGUGUUACUAGGAUGUGUGCCAUACCAAGAUGCAUGGGUCCUUGUUAAUACAUUGACUAUGACAUUUAUAACCCUAUGAAGCAGAAAGUCGGGAGAAUUAGAAAUAUUUUUAAUGGGUGUGCUUUAGAAUAUUGUAGCAAGGCUGAUAAAUUUUUGGUGGAAUUCCCUCCUCAAUGCACUUCUCAAGACAAAUGCCUGAUUCUUUUUGCUGCUAUCACAAUAGAUUACGAUAACUUUGAAUAUACAUUUUGCAAUUUGCCUUGA